CGCGUGCGCAUCAGUUCCCACGGAGCCGUCUGCUCGGCUGGCUUCGGGAAUGCCCGUAUAUUUUCGCCUCUUUGUUUUACUGAAAGUGGAUUUAACUCGGAUUCAGCCCAACAUCCAGCGGGGUGUUCUGAUCUCAAACAGCCUCAUGAGGGCCACUCCACCAUGCAGAGCUAACGCUGUCACCGCACACCUGCUGGAGUAGAGCUGGCUCUGCACCGUCCACGAUAAACAUAUGGCAGCACUGGGGAACUCCGAGAUGCUGACCAGGAAGAUCAAACUGUGGGACAUCAAUGCCCACAUCACCUGCCGGCUUUGUGAGGGGUACCUGAUCGACGCUACCACGGUUACCGAGUGCCUGCACACCUUCUGUCGGAGCUGUCUGGUGAAGUACCUGGAGGAGAACAACACCUGUCCGUCCUGCCGGAUUGUCAUCCACCAGAGCCACCCCCUGCAGUACAUCGGCCAUGAUCGAACAAUGCAGGACAUCGUCUACAAGCUGGUGCCUGGUCUGCAAGACGCGGAGAUGAAGAAGCAGAGGGACUUCUACCAGAAGCUGGGGAUGGACGUGCCGGGAGACGUAAAAGCCGAACUCUGCGGAGCCAAGGCCCACCUGGGCUUCCACCACAACGGGGACUUAAAAUCGGAGGACGCGGCGCACAAGGAGCCGGGGGAGGAGAAGCGAGAGGAGGAUGAAGACUACCACCGGAGCGACGAGCAGGUCAGUAUCUGUCUGGAGUGUAACAGCAGUAAGCUGAGAGGACUGAAGAGGAAAUGGAUUCGGUGCUCAGCGCAGGCCACCGUCCUGCACCUCAAAAAGUUCAUCGCCAAAAAGCUCAACCUGACGUCGUUUAAUGAGCUUGACAUUUUAUGCAAUGAAGAGAUUUUGGGAAAGGACCACACGCUGAAAUUUGUUGUGGUGACCAGGUGGAGAUUUAAGAAGUCCCCCCUCUUGCUCUACUACAGACCCAAAAUGGAUUUGCUGUAGGAUGCCGGCCCCCCUGAACCCCCCCCCCUUCCCCCCCAGGUCUGAACUGCGCUGCUUAACGCAGAGACUAUCACCCCCACCCACGGUGCACCAAAAACCACAGGACCACACGCAAGUCUGCCUGUCCCCGACCAGCAGAACACAACCAGGACCAGAAACCCACACUGUCCGAAGCACAGCCAGCAACACAAACCCGCACUGUCCGAAACGCAGCCAGCAACACACACCCACGCUUUCCUAAACACAGCCAGGUACACAAACCCACGCUGUCCAAAACACAGCCAGCAACACAAACCCACGCUGUCCAAAACACAAACCCACGCUGUCCAAAACACAAACCCACGCUGUCAGAAACAGAAACCCACGCUGUCAAACACAAACCCACACUGUCGAACACAAACUGUCAAACACAAACCCACGCUGUCUGAAACACGAACCCACGCUGUCAAACACGAACCCACGCUGUCAAACACAAACCCACGCUGUCAAACACAAACCCACGCUGUCAAACACAAACACAAACUGUCAAACACAAACUGUCAAACACGAACCCACGCUGUCUGAAACACGAACCCACGCUGUCAAACACUAACCCACACUGUCAAACACCAACCCACGCUGUCUGAAACACAAACCCACGCUGUCUGAAACACAAACCCACGCUGUCAAACACAAACCCACGCUGUCAAACACAAACCCACGCUGUCUGAAACACAAACCCAUGCUGUCCGGAACACAGGCAGGAACAAACCCUUGCUGUCCAGAACUCAAAUCCAUGCUGUCAGAAACACGAAACACAGCCAGGAACACAAACCCAUGCUGUCCGAAACACAACCAGGACCUAUGUCCUAGAUAUGUGAAAAUGUAAGAAAGCAUAUAUUUAUACUUUUGUACAUAUGUUAAAUUGGAAAAGACUGUACUUGUGCUUUCUUUUUACAAAAACCGGAAAGCAAGGAGUUGAGAAAUGACUAAUUAUUAUUAUUAUUAUUAUUAUUAUUACUGCAACUAUCCAUGUUGAGCUCUCCUUGCUUUUGUAACCCAAUUUUUGUGUUACAUUUUGUCUGCUCUUACAAACAGGUCAUGCAGAAAGAGACAUUUUUUUUUUACUUUCCCCUCAUCUCCUACACUUAAAACCCUAAAGGGCACAGAAAGGAUAUAUAUAUAUAAGUAUGUAUAUAAAUUACAUAAUUUCUAAACUGUUUAUACGAGUUAUAUAUUGUCUCCAGGAAUUCCUUAUCUCCUUUAAUUUCAAAUUGUGAAUAGGAUGAUUUUUUUUUUUUGUCGUAAUAACUUAUGCUCGAUAUCAGUAUUGUAUAUAAAAAGUGAUUAUGAGUGGUUUUGGGAGAGUUCUAGGCAUGUUUUCCAAAAGUGCUAUUAUUGCUAUAAUGGCAGUUAGGGGGGAAAAGGGGGGGGGGUAUGGAAAUGAAUUUGCAUUUUAAAUACAUUCCAGCUUCUGCAUUGGAGAAUGAGUGCGUAUUAUACCGUCAGAAAACUCCAACAUUCUAGCCAUGGUCUCCUAGUGCAAGGGAAGAGUCAUCUCUAUCCCUCGUUCUGAGCUGCUUUCUCUCUCUCUCUCCCUCCCUCGCUCUACCUCUCUUCCUCCCUCUCUCUGCCUCUCUCUUCUUCCCUCGCAUUCUCCCUCUCCCUAUUUCUCUCACUUUCUCCCCCUCUCUCUCUCACUCUGUCUCUCUCUUCCCCUCUCCCUUGCACUCCCUCCCUCCCUCCCUCUCUCCCCUCUCUAUCUCUCUCACUCCCUCUCUCCCCUCUCUAUCUCUCUCACGCCCUCUCUCCCCUCUCUAUCUCUCACUCCCUCUCUCCCCUCUCUAUCUCUCUCACUCCCUCUCUCCCCUCUCUCAUACCCUCUCUCCCCUCUCUAUCUCUCUCACGCCCUCUCUCCCCUCUCUAUCUCUCUCACUCCCUCUCUCCCCUCUCUAUCUCGCUCACUCCCUCUCUCCCCUCUCUAUCUCUCUCACUCCCUCUCUCCCCUCUCUCAUUCCCUCUCUCCCCUCUCUAUCUCUCUCACGCCCUCUCUCCCCUCUCUAUCUCUCUCACUCCUUCUCCCUCCCUCUCCCUUACUCUCUCCCUCUCUCCGUCUUCCCUUCUUUCUCUUCCUCUUUCUCCAUCCUUUUAUUGUUCUCGUGUCUGGCGCAUUUGGCGGUUAUAGAAGCCCUUAGGAAAUCGAAUGACUUGCAGCCUCAUGCAUAAGAAAUGCCAGCGCAUUUGAAUUUCUCUCCUGGAGAAUGUGCGUGGUUCUGCAGGGGCCGAGCCCUUUCUGAGCAUAAUGUCAUCUCCAGUGCCAAAGGCUCAACCGACAAACUCCAACCGCACCGUUUUCAGUCCACAAAGCUGUCUGAAUGCAAAUUCACAAUGAAUGAGUCUUAACAUCUUAAGAGCAAGCCAUUCACAUGCAAUGGAAAAAAAUUGUCUUUUUUUUUUUUUUUGAUUAUUUGUAAUACUUUAUAAAAUGUUACCUGUUUUAAUUGAAAUUACUUUUAAGAACAGUUUUGGGAUGGCAUUAAAUUGUUUGUUUGGUGUUUCCGGGAGAUUUUCCACAUCUUAAUAUGAAAUUACUGCUAAAUGACACUGUUCAGAUAUGCAAAGAUUUUUUGAUAGGCCGAUCACUAACCUCAGUGUAUACAGUGUUAAACACUUUUUCUGUGAACAAAUAUUCUGAAGACCAAAGCAAGUCGUAUGUUUUAUGUGUCUACAAUCGCAAGGAAGCAAAUUAUUUUAAAUUACCGACCUAUGUAAGACCCAAUUCACAUUAGAUAUUAUGGCUAACAUUUCCCUGGAGCUUUUUUAUUUUUAUUUUGUAUCACUAUUCAAAGACGGUAGCGUAUUAAAGUUGGGCCAUUCACGAUUCUCCACUUUUCUGAAUGAUUGGCUGAUUUAAAAGAUGUUUUUUUAUUUUCAGAUAUUUUGUAGUGAUUAAGUUGCACACAGAUGGCCACUAAGUCUUGUACCUGAUUGGUUGCCACACUCACGGUGACUUCCAUCAGCUCAUCGUACUUCUUUCUCAUCUUACCGAUGAUUUCAUCAUUUGUGCUAUUUCUAAAGAUUUUCAAAUGAUUGUCAACCGGCAGUAAUCUAAAAACAUAUUUAUAGAAAAUGAACCAUUGAUCCUGAGAUUGGAAUAAGUGUGGCCAUUUCAGUUGCGGAGUUUAUGAAUUCAGGAUGAUUUUUUUGGGGGGAUUUGCAGUUUUUGAUGUCAAAAUCUUAUCAAUGCAAAAACAGGUCACAGUGAUGGAUUUUAGCAUUAUUUAACACCUCAAAACCAACAGGUUAUAUCAUCUUAAUUGUAACAAAAAUAUAUUUUUAAAAGGCACAGAUUUUUCAGAUUAUACAUAUACACACUGGAUUAUUCAGGCCAACAUUACAUCCAGAUAAGUGUGUAUUUACAGUGCAUAAAGUAAAGGCAGAUUCCAUCUGUACUCCUCAUUAGGUGCAUUCUUCAUUCAGCCUCGCAAUGAUGGAUAGCCAUAUGUUUUUUUGAAUCUAACAUUUUCUUCAUGCAUUUUUCUUGAUAUUUAAGAAUAAUUAAUACUGUUAUUGUGCUACCUGGAAAUCUCUUCACAAAAGCCAAGUUAUUGUCCAUCAAUUUGUUUGGCUGAUGAUUAAAGAAGCAAUUUACAUUUUCCAUGUGACUGGUAAAAUUAGUGUUUUAAAAUUAGUGUUUUAAAAUUCUCACCUUUGCUAAAGAAUCUCAAGGUUUUAGCAUACGUUUCAAACGGGAAGAUCCUUGUCAGUGUGUAUAUGUGACUUGUAAAACUGUUGUACUCGGACAAAUGCACAUAUUUAAUUAGUAAAGUUGUUUUUGUAUUUAGCGCUCGGUGAGCACCGUUGAGGUGUCCAAUGAGCUCGGGGACAGAGUUUGGGGCGGCGUGUUUCCACGGUGACGGCUGCCUGCCCACGUCUGGCGGUGAAGCUGCCAAUGGUGCUAACCUAUUUAACCUAUUUAGAGUAUGAACCCAACAUGGUGCAAGGCAGCUUCCAGUCGGACGCUCCGGGUUUUAAGGCUCAUCUCCAGAAACGCUUCAUCUCACUCGGCCAUUUUGCCUUCUCAGUGUCCGCUUUCCCAGGGUUUGCUAACUGUUCAUUUCUCUGAAAAUGUAAUGUUUUUUUUGUUUUUUUUCUUUGGUUGUGUGUGUGUGUGUGUGUGUGGGGGGGGGGGGGGGGCAUUUCUAAGUCAUUUCCCCCCUACUCCACCAUAAAUUAAAUCCAUUGAGAGUGAAAGUGUCUAAUCUUUUUCAUCAGCAGAGAAAGCUAAAGAAUCUUUGAAGUCUUUGAAGGGGCUGAGGAAUCAUGGAGUGUUCAGAACUCAGCUGGGGAAACGCAUUGUAGGAACGUAGUGUUCGGUUUAUGAACCAGACAGGCAACGCUUGGUGUGCCUAACCAGAAUAACAGUCGUUCUUAGGGUCUAGUAUUUUCUUGGAGGCCAUCUUGAUACUUUUUAUUUUUAUGGUCAAAUUGUCUUUUGUCCCAGAAGGGGCUAGACCAAGUACACCAGCUUUAUACACUGAGCACAUGUUAGCAACCCUGGGGAAAAGUGAUGCAAGGUGCUUUGGCAGUUGAGCUUUCGAUUGCGAUGUCCGUUUCUGAGGUGGGCCGGCCUACACGUGUUGCCACAGCAACCAGCCUUCACGGUCACAAGCCCUGUGAGCCAUACAGCUGCUGUCAAUCAAAAAGGAACAGUUUCAUUGGGCACCCAACUGCCAUUUCUGCAACUGUGUUGUCCAAUCAGGAGUUUCGGCUUGCAUUAAUAUUUUCUGUUUUAUAUUGUUUUUGGCAUGGAAGGGAUCAGGUUUGAGAUUGCCGUUUCAACAACGGCUCAUAUUUCAAUUACGGUCGGCGCAAAACUUUCUGUGCCGUCUCCUAGCAACUAAAUUGCAGUCUUUAAUAUUUCUACAUUUAGAGCAUUAUUCUGUGGUUUUGUCUUUUUCUUUUUUUAUUAUUUUAUCAUUGUGGUCAUUGUGUUAUUGUUUUGUGCGUGCUGCAAACAACAUUUAAAUGUUUGCGUCUUUUGGGAAUAAGGUCUUCAAAAGCAUCAACAUGGCAGUGACAUCAGUUUGUGGGUAAAUAAAGAAAUGUGCAAUAUAAGCUUUCUCAGAUGGUUCAAAGUUGCAGCCGAAAAACAACAAAAAAAAAAAACCAACAACAACUUCCUCAGGUCUUGAAUUGUCCUUCCAGUUCUCUCAUGUGAACUGGACAUCUCAGAAAAACACACUAAAGCGGAAUAAAGAAAACGUGAAUUUAAUUUCUGUUGUCUUUCUCCUUAAAUGUUGAUCCGUGAUGCGUGUUGAGAAUUUUAGUUCCGACACGGGCACUUAUUCUGGUGAAUUUUCUUUUGUUUCUUUUGUUUUUUUUAUUGAUUAUUUAUUGCACAUAUGAUGAAAGAUGAUUGUUUUCAUUGCCAUGUACAAAGAGCUGGGGUCUGAGCAGAACAUGAAAGAGAGCAGCUGUUUUUUUCAGAAAUUUUGUCAAAUUUAAGAGUGCUCAUUUCAUUAAUAAAUGCCUUUUAAAGAG